AAAUCAUCUAAGCAAUCACCAAUCAUUCAUUGACAAGCACGAGAGAGACGGAGAGGGAUUGGACAGCGGAGCAAUUGGGGUUUUCUAUCCAGCUCUCUGCAAAUCCUCCAUACACAGUGGCAUACCGACGAACGAUCUCACAGAAGCUCGAUCAAACCCUGGCUUUCUCUGUCCGAAUCUUCACAUUUUCGGCUUCCUAGAAAUUUUUGCGCGAUUGACGUGGAAUCUGCACCCGUUAGUGGCUCCACAAACUCUGAUUUCGGUUUUCCUGUACGAGUUCUUGGCAAUCUUGGCGGUAAGCGGAUGGUAUAAGGAACUCUUGAGGUGUUGGUGCAGUUGAAUCAAUGGGUAGUAGUGAGGUGGAUAAGCCUGCAAAGGAGGCAAAGGAGUUGAAGGCGCCUACCACGCAGGAACAGUCUUCAACACCCACCGCCACAGCUAACCCAGACUGGACUGGUUUUCAGGCGUACUCUCCUAUGCCUCCACAUGGGUUCUUGGCGUCAAGCCCUCAAACUCACCCCUACAUGUGGGGAGUUCAGCCUAUCAUGCCGCCCUAUGGUACACCACCACACCCGUAUGUUGCUAUGUAUCCCCAUGGUGGCAUAUAUGCUCAUCCAUCCAUUCCUCCGGGUUCUUAUCCUUUUAGUCCUUUCGCUAUUCCUUCCCCUAAUGGCAUAGCUGAAGCUUCUGGAAACACUGGUAGCAGCAUGGAAGCAGAUGGCAAGUUAUCAGAGGGGAAAGAAAAACUACCCAUCAAGAGAUCUAAGGGAAGUUUGGGCAGUUUAAAUAUGAUUACAGGAAAAAAUAAUGAACCUGGGAAAACUUCAGGUGCAUCUGCUAAUGGAGCUUAUUCCAAAAGUGCUGAAAGUGCAAGUGAAGGUUCAAGCGAAGGAAGUGAUGCAAAUUCUCAAAAUGACUCAGGAAUGAAAUCUGGAUGCAGGCAAGAGUCUUUGGAAGCUGAAGGAUCUCAAAAUGGUGGAGCUAUGCAUGGCUCUCAUAAUGGAGGGCCAACUACGCCUCCAACAUUGGUGAACCAAACAAUGUCUGUCUUACCAAUGUCAGCAGCAGGUGUGCCUGGUCCCACUACAAACCUAAAUAUUGGUAUGGACUACUGGAGUGCUGCAGCUUCUUCCACUCAUCCUGCACUGCAUGGGAAGGCACCUCCACCACCAGUUGCAGGGGGAAUGGUAACUACUGGAUCACGGGAGAGCCUCCAGUCACAGCUUUGGCUACAGGAUGAAAGAGAGCUUAAAAGACAGAGAAGGAAGCAGUCCAACAGGGAAUCUGCUCGGCGAUCCAGGUUGCGAAAGCAGGUGGAAUGUGAUGAGCUGGCCCAGCGCGCUGAAGCUUUGAAAGAAGAAAAUGCCACUCUUAGAUCAGAAUUGAGUCGCAUCCGGAGUGAGUAUGAACAGAUUCUUGAGCAGAAUGCGUCUCUGAAGGAGAGACUUGGGGAGAUUCCCGGGCAAGAAGAUGCAAGGUCUGGAAGAAACAACCAACAUGUUGGCAAUGGCACACAACAAACUGGGCAGAAAGAUCUUGCGGAGGGUGGUCAGUGAAGUUCCUACUGCCACCAGAAUGAUCUCUAGGGUAUUACUCUAACCAAUUAGUCACAGCAUGCCCUUAGCUUUGCACAGUAAAUGUAGCUCCGGGUUCGUUUAAUAUUACCUCUUUUCAAGUCUGGAAAUAUAUCAAAUAUAACCCAUCAUCCUUGGUUCGACCAAUGUUUUAAGGUAGAAGAUCCAAGAUAGUAUGUAGAAUCCGAAAUCUUUGUCAGACCCUUAUGUCCUGUUAAAAUAGUUUACCGGUAUUUUGGUUUCGUACAAUCUGUGGUUGACGAUAUGGGCAGAGAAUUAGGCAAACUCUAGAAAGCUGUACUUCUGGAUUUUUGGAUCCGGUGUUUGUACUUAUUCUAGCAAUAUGCUUCCGCAUUAAGUACAUUGCUCCACCUAGUUUGAGUUUGUUGGUUACUAUGUUGAGUGUCCCCCACCUUUACUUGUCACUUUGCUGCCUAUCUCCUUAGCGCCGACACUGACAAAUCAUGAAUUUGAAAGAAUUGGACAAGAAUCAUGAAGAUGGAUGUUAAAGGGUUGUUUCUUUCUUGCUUUUCCAAGCCUUCGAGCUUGUCCAAAUCCUCCUCGAUAGGAUUGAUAGAUUUGGAUUUUAAUCUUUUGAUGAAUGUAAAAUGCGGAAUUCAUGUAGCCAAUUUUAGACAGUGGAAUAAAGGUUUGGUAUGUUGAUAAUGAAUUAGAAAGUGAGCUUCAUUGCAGGCCACUUUCCUGUUA